CUUCCUCUCACAUGUUAUUGUGUACAUUCACCGGUUGCUAUGCGCAGUUACUACAUUGUCACUGUAGUUUAUUCACCUAUUUUUAUAUCUAGAGGCUGAUAGACAGAUUAAAGGAAGAUGAAAGUGGUUGCACUGAUUAGUGGGGGAAAAGACAGCUGCUUCAACAUGAUGAAGUGUGUUAGUGCUGGACACAAAAUCGUGGCUCUUGCUAACCUGCGUCCCGCUAAAGCAGAUGAAUUGGACAGCUACAUGUACCAGACGGUGGGUCAUCAGGCUAUAGAGCUGUAUGCUGAUGCAAUGGAGUUGCCUCUGUAUAGACGCACCAUACGUGGUUCCAGCCUGGACACCAGCAGAAACUACAGUGUUACUGAAGGGGAUGAGGUGGAAGAUCUGUAUCAGCUGCUCUACCAAAUUAAGGAAAAAGAGGCCAUUGAGGCGGUGUCAGUAGGAGCCAUUCUGUCCGAUUACCAGAGGGUCCGUGUGGAAAAUGUAUGCCAGCGACUUGGCUUGCAGCCCCUGGCCUACCUGUGGCGCCGAGACCAAGAGUCGCUGCUUUCUGAGAUGAUCGCAUCCGACUUAAACGCCAUCCUCAUCAAAGUGGCUGCAUUUGGUCUGGAUCCAGAGAAGCACUUAGGAAAAUCCCUGGCCUCUAUGCAGCCCUACUUGAAACAGCUUUCCCAGAAGUAUGGAGUCCAUAUUUGUGGUGAAGGAGGUGAAUAUGAAACCUUCACCCUUGAUUGUCCGCUCUUCAAAAAGAAGAUAGUCAUUGAUGAAUCCGAGACAGUGAUCCAUUCUGCAGAUGCUUUUGCUCCAGUUGGUUACCUGCGCUUCACCAAAUUGCAUACAGAGGACAAAUGCAUUGAUGCGGUGGCGAGAGCUUUGCCCCAUGGUAGUUGUCCUUGCCAGAGCGCCAUUGACAAGAUGACUGAGGAGGUAGAAUAUGCUGAUCAAGCUGAAGACAACCAGCACAAAUUUACAUCAUACUGUGACCUUAGUUGUCACCAGGGCCACGUUACACCUCCAUCCUGUUCAAAAAGAUCUUUGAGAGGCUAUCAGUGGAUCUCAGGAAUCAAUGGACUUAAGAGCCAAGAUGUUGGGAUUGAGGGCCAGACACUGGCAGCUUUUACUAUGCUUCAAGACGAGUUAAAAAUCUAUGCUUUGGAGAUGAAGAACAUCAUUUUGGUUCAUCUUUAUGUAAGGAACAUGGAGGAUUUUGUCUCUCUUAAUGCAGUUUACAGGAAAUAUUUCAACAUAAAUCCUCCAGCCAGAGUUUGUGUCCAGGCACCUCUGCCAGCCGGACAGCUUUUGCAGAUGGACUGUUUCCUCCAUGACUGGACUGAGCCCCUGGAGGAAGGCUGUUUCCGACACAAAGAAGCACUGCAUGUCCAGAGUCUUUCCCACUGGGCCCCUGCUAACAUCGGGCCAUACAGCCAGGCCUUCAAGGUAGAAGAGCAGGUUUUCUGUGCAGGUCAAAUAGCUUUGGUCCCCUGCACCCUCCAUUUGGUAAAAGCUGGCCCCUCCGUACAAACCCAGCUGUCCAUCAGCCAUGUGAAGAAGGUACUGGAAGCUGUGAUCCACAACUUGACUCUGGCUCAUGUUAUCCAGGCCCACUGCUACACCACAAGAAGACAAGAUAUUGGGAACAUCAGAGCUGUGUGGGAAAGCAUGUGGAGAGCUACAGAGGAGGAGAAGGAUUUGCUGUGGGAAUCUGAGAUCAAACUCACGCCGCUGCUCAUCACUGUGGUACCUGCCCUACCCAAGGAUGCAGCUGUUGAGUUUCAUGUAACAGCAGUAAAUGAUGAUCCCUCCAGAAGGACUAUCUGGAACAGUACGACAAAGGCAGGGUGCGGAACCAUAGAGUGCCACACCGUGCUCUCUGCUGACUGCACUUGUGCCUCGCUAUCACUUUCUUUGGUUGCCCACGGGGAUGACCUGGGAAAUUCUGAUGUAAAAUGCAUCACAGAGGAGGUCUGCAAUGCUUUUGUGAAAGCCACAAAGACAGUAGAGGUCAAGCUGGUACCGCAGUGUGCAAGAGUGUUCUACAAGUUCAGCCCCUCCCCAGUUCAGGAGAUAGUUCAAGGACUUGAAGAAUGUUUUCGAAGCCGUUUAGCAGAAUCCAGCCCCUCGGUGGCCUUGGUUCCAGUCCUGGAUCUGCCCGACUCUCAGAUCCUCCACUUGUCCUGCUGGCUCAGUUUAUAGAAAAACGGCCAUAGUUAAGGGGAAGAUUACCAUGACCCACGUCGGGAUGAAUCAAAGCGGCUUUUCCGGAAAAGCAACUCUUUAUGUGGAUAACUUUGUACUUGAAGAAAAACAUGAGCAAACAGGGGAAAGAAAAUUCUCUAUUAGUUAUUGCAGUGUUGCUGCACAUCAGUGACAUAUUCAAAAGAUUGAAAGUGUGUGUUUUUGUUAUUGUAUUGACUUUGCAAACCAGAAAACUCUUUUUUUUUAUUCCAACAGACAAUAAACUCCCUCCUAUGAUAUCCUACUGUUUCUGGUGGAAUUUCUCUGACACCACUCACAACAUCUGAGCCCCACCUCUGACACUAUGUCAGCUGCAGACCUAUAGAUUUACUGUGUCACUGCUUUGGAGCUGUGUGUAAUGUAUUUGUAUGAGCCGAGCCAGUUUCCCUCUCUCUCUCUCCCUCAUGCUCCACGGGGCACUGGGUGUGUUAUUAUUGUGUAAUAGGCAAUCAGCACCAAGCACCUGAAAAGAUUAAGCUUCUUUAUAUUUUCUAUUGAUUCCAAGGCAGCCUGGUUAAUAGAAGAAGGACACUAGGACACAAAGCUGCAGGGCAAGUGUGUGUGUGUGGGAUGUCAAGGGAUGAGAUGUAACAACGUUGAAAGAAAAUAACACCAUUAACCAUUGGGCCUGGAACAUUCUGUUUUGUGAAGAUCAUGAACCGUAUUGAUAAUCCAAGUUUGAAUUCUUCUUCACUCUGGAGCAAUCUGCUCCAGCGUGCUCGCAGAGUGAAGAGGGCUAUUGAUCUUCACCCACUGCAAUGUUGUUUUGAUUGUUGUCAUCAAAAAUUGAACAAUGGAGGCAGCCAAUAGAGCCUUAAGACUUUUAUUGAGGUUUGAAAAAAAUACAAACAAGCAAUUAUUUAUGGGAGCAAGCAUUUGAUUCUUCUUGAAUAUAUAACUAUAGAUGUUUGUUUUUUCUGUACAUUGAAAU